AUGUCCUUAUGUUUAUCAUCUGUUGAAUCAAAUACGUCCAUAUGCGAGUCUUGUGAUGAAUAUGUUAUGCAACCAAGUUACUGUUCAGGUCAGGAUAUGGAUAUUUGUGAUAGUGAACGUCCUCUUACUGGAAAAUUUUCGCCAAAAGGCAAUAUCUUAUUAUCUUAUCAAGCCCAACAUUCAAAUAACUAUUAUUGGUAA